AUGCCAGACAACACGAUGGUGCGGGCGGUGCGGCCGGACGGCGUGCGCGUGAGCGGCAUGGAGGUGCAGCGCGACGGCUCCGCGUCGACGAACCUGAAGUGGGAGCUCGUCGAGUGUGCCGACGGCCCGACCGCCGCGCGCGUGCCCCUCCGGCAGACGGGCCUGCUCGAGUGCGCGGAGGGCGCGGCGGCGCUGGCGGAUGGCACGCCGCUCGAGCUGCGCAGCGAGAGGAACCGGUUCGGCGUGGGCGGCUACUCGAUGGCGGUGCACCUCGCGGCGACCGGUGCGAGGUGCGGCUACGUCGGCAACGACGACUUCCACGCGGUCCGCGCCGGCGAGGCGAGGGCGGCUCUCGCCGAUGGCAAGUGGGCGGUGGACGCGCUGGCCGCCAAGAAGUGGACGAUUGCCAUCGAGGACGACUGGACGCUGCGCGGCGCGCUCGUCGAGGUCAAGCUGUGGACUGAGCAGAAGCUGUGGAUCCGCUCGCUCACCGAUCGGCAGUUUCUGCGCUAUCCGAACCCGUACCUCUUCAACGAGGACGGCUCCCCGACAGUGGACAUCUCCACCGCCAAGGGCCGGCUUUCGAUGUCGUCGAAUCGCGACGGCUGCUUCGACCGCCGGCCCGCCUUUGAGAUCUUUUGGUGUGCCUUCUCGGCGGCAGCGCUCGUCUCCUUUGCGCGCUGCCCGGGGCGCGAAGCGGGCACCCUCUUGAUGCGCGAGGAGGGGCCGCCCUGUUGUCGACGGACGGAGCUGAACCCCAUCCGCGAUGGCUGGCCCCGCACGGGCAGGCAGCGAGGGGAGCUCUCGAGCGCCUGCGCGUAUGGCGAUGUCGCCGCCUUCCUGAGGGACCCAAAGGGCCACGCCGAGUCGUCGGACGAGUCGGAGGAGGAGGGCGAGGCGGAGAGGCAAACGGCGCGCGUCUUCAAGGCGUCGCAGAAGCUGGCGUCGGCGGUCAACGAGCAAGAGGAGGUUCACCGCAAAAAGGUGCAGGCGGCGGAGGCUCUGCAAGCGGCGCUCGCCGAGGCGCCGGAGCCCGUGUGGGGCGAGGUCAAGGCCGUGCUGUCCGAGACGAGGCGCGAGCUGUCGCUGCGCGGCAAGGAGCCGCUGCCUGGCGUGUCGACGGUCGACCCGGCGCUAUGGAACUGCGUCUGCCUGCAGGAGCUGCGGCUGGAGAUGGCGGCGGGCGCGCUCACCUCGCUCCCGCCUCGGCUCGGCCAGCUCUCCCACCUGACGACGCUCAUCGUCUCUAACAACGCGCUGACGGCGCUCCCCGACGUGUUCGCGUCGCUGCCGAGGCUGCGCAACCUCGAGGCAGCGAAGAACGAGCUGCGCGAGCUGCCGGCCUCGCUCUCGUCGCUCUCGCAGCUACAGGUUGUCGACGUGUCGCACAACCAGAUCUCUUCCGCCGCGCCGCUCGCGCCGCUGGUGGGACUGGUCGCCGUGCAACUGGGCGACAACGCGCUGGAGUCGCUCCCGGAGUGGAGGUACGAGGAGAUGGAGCACCUCUCCACCCUCGCCGCGCCAGCCAACCGCAUCUCGCGCCUCCCGCCCGGCAUCGGCUCUCUCCCGAUGCUCGCCGCGCUCGACCUCUCCGGCAACCAGGUGCGCCAGGUGCCGAUCGAGCUCGGCUCGCUCUCGCCGAAGAAGCUGCAGACUGUCCGCCUCGCAGGCAACCCGCUCGCGGACCCGCGCAUACGCCGCUUCGUCGAGACCGACGCCCCCACCCUCGUGAAGGACCUCCUCAACCACGUGGCCAAGAACGGCCACAAGGAGGAGGCCGCCGCCGCCGCCGGCGGCAAAAAGGGCAAAAAGGGAAAGGGCAAGGCGGCGGCGCCGCCACCCUCGGACGACGACGACGACGAGCCCGAGGGCUCAGUCGCCGACCUCCUCGCGGCGCUCAACGCGAGCUCGGGCUCUGAGAGCGAGGGCGAGGCGCCCGCGCCCGCGCCCGCACCGGCGCCGUCUGGCGGCAAGAAGAAGAAGAAGAAGUGAGCAUAAUUUUGCUAGCAGGACCAAGGCCUUACCCCUCUCCGAUGGUGUGCGUGUAUGGGGAAGGAGAGCGGACUCAUCCUCGCUCGUCCUGUCUGUUCCGCUGCUCUAACUAAAGUAACCCGGCUGUCCCGCAAUUCGCUCAA